AUGACAGGGUGGCCCCGAGGCUGGGGUGGCCCGGGCGCCCGCCAGCUCCGCGCCUGCGCAUUCCGGCAGUCCGCGCCUGCCCCGCGCCUGCGCAUUCCGGCAGUCCGCGCCUGCCCCGCGCCUGCGCAUUCCGGCAGUCCGCGCCUGCCCCGCGGCCUUGUGGGAACUGUAGUCCCGCGGCUGCGGGGUGGAGGCGCCCGCGGGGCUGCAGCCGCCCUCGGCCGCUCUGGGCCCCACCGGGCGAGGCUCUGCCGUCUCGGACUUCUGUCCGUGCUCCGGGAAGGAUCCCACAGGAGGACGGCAAUGGCCUCUGGGCCUCUGCCCCUGGAAGCUCAGUUGCAGGAGUCAGUGACAUUCACGGAUGUGUCAGUGAACUUCACUUGGGAGGAGUGGAUUCACCUAGAUUCUGCUCAGAAGAACUUGUCUGGGAAAGCUAACUGCAGGAACCUUAUGUCACUCGGGCAUCAGCUUUCCAAACCAAAUACGAUUUCCCAGCUGGAACAAGAAGAAGUGAGCCCAGUAGAAAAAGAACUUCCAGGGUACCUCUCUCCAGACUGGGAAACAAGACUUGAAACCAAAGAGUCAACUCCAAAGCCCAACAUUACUGAAGAUGUAUCCCAUGGGGUAACAACGGAAAGGGAAGGUCUCUGGCAUUCUGCUUUAGGGGAAGCCUGGGAAACUGGUGACUGGUUAGAGGGGCAACAGAGAAACCAGGAUAGACAUCUGGGCCAAGUGGCAGUUUCCUGUAAUGAGACGCUCACUGAGAAGAGGGUCUGUGGAAGUAAUGAAUUUGAAAGAUGUUCCAGUCAGAGUUCAGUCCUUGAUAUACAACCAAAUAUUCCUGUAGGAAAGAGGCCACAUAAUUGGAAUUUGCAUGGGAAAGAUGCCAAACAAAAUUCUGAAUUAUUUAAAACUCAGAGAAUGUUUGUAGUGAAGAAACUCUAUGAAUGUAAUGAGUGUGGGAAAGCCUUCAGCCAGAGCUCAUCACUACUUAAGCACCAGAGGAUUCAUACUGGGGAGAAACCCUACAAGUGUAACAUGUUUGGAAAGCACUUCAUUGAACGUUCCUCUCUUACUGUUCAUCAAAGAAUUCAUACAGGAGAGAAGCCCUACAAAUGUAAUGAAUGUGGGAAGGCCUUCAGUCAGAGCAUGAACCUUACUGUUCAUCAAAGAACUCAUACUGGAGAGAAACCCUAUCAAUGUAAAGAAUGUGGAAAAGCUUUCCAUAAGAAUUCUUCUCUUAUUCAACAUGAACGAAUUCAUACUGGAGAAAAGCCCUACAAAUGUAAUGAAUGUGGGAAAGCUUUUACCCAAAGCAUGAAUCUUACAGUCCAUCAGAGAACUCAUACAGGAGAAAAACCCUAUGAAUGUAAUGAAUGUGGAAAAGCCUUCAGUCAGAGCAUGCAUCUUAUUGUACACCAGAGAAGUCAUACCGGAGAGAAACCCUAUGAGUGUAGUGAAUGUGGAAAAGCCUUUAGUAAGAGCUCAACACUUACCCUACAUCAGCGAAACCACACUGGAGAAAAACCCUACAAAUGUAACAAAUGUGGGAAAUCCUACAGCCAAAGUACAUACCUCAUAGAACAUCAGAGACUUCAUUCUGGAGUUAAACCCUUUGAAUGUAAUCAGUGUGGAAAAGCUUUCAAUAAGAAUUCAUCCCUUACUCAACACUGGAGAAUUCAUACUGGAGAGAAACCGUAUGAGUGUAUGGUUUGUGGAAAGCAUUUCACUGGCCAAUCAUCCCUUACUGUACAUCAGGUUAUUCAUACUGGAGAAAAACUUUAUGAAUGCAGUGAAUGUGGAAAAGCCUUCAGCCAGAGUGCAUACCUUAUUGAGCAUCAAAGAAUUCACACUGGUGAGAAACCCUAUGAAUGUGAUCAGUGUGGAAAAGCCUUCAUUAAAAAUUCAUCCCUUAUAGUGCAUCAAAGAACUCAUACAGGAGAGAAACCCUAACAAUGUAAUGAAUGUGGAAAAGCUUUCAGUCGGAGUACAAACCUUACACGCCAUCAAAGAACUCAUACCUGAAAAAACUUCUCACUGGAAUAAAUAUGGAAAAACCCGUCACCAUGAUUAACUCUUAAGUAAUAAGAUAAGUCAUAAUGCAGAAACCUAAUAAAUUUAACAAUUAGGGAAUUUAGUUGAAGUAUAAUGUACCAUAGCAGACACUACAGAUCACUGCAAAGAAAAUAUAAAAAUGGAGAAAAGUGGUAAUAUUUUCUGUGUAUGAGCAAGUUUAAGUAGGUAAUGUUCUAACAAAAAGGACUAAUGCUAAUAUAAGUUCUAUUAUUGUAUAGUACUGAAGAGAUUUUUAUGUUUAAUUGAUUCUCCUUUGGACAUCAGAAACUUCAUACCAGACAGAAAAUGUGAGAGUGCUUAAGUAGAGAGCUAAAAGACCCGGGGUCUAGUCUCUGAUCUGCCACUAAAUUGGGCAAGUCAUCUAUUCUCACAGGUCAUAGUUUUAUCUGACACAUAAGAGAUUUUGCAUUUAGAAGGUUUCCAGGGUCUCUAUCAGCUCCAAAAUGCUACAAAUUUAUAAAUAACAAUGAUUGCUGGAAAAUCCUUGCUCUUUUACCAAGUAGUAUGAUAUUUUUUAGAUGUUUCUAUUCCACAGAUUUUCCACAGGAAACUGAUUUCCUUGGAUGUUUUGAGUCAAAAUUCUCUGCAACUACUGACCCCUGUCAUUCCUCUAUUCCCCUCCUCUCCACCUGUAUUAUCUUCUUUCCUAAAAUAUAGGCUGGUUGCUACCAGCUGAUAGAAUAAUUGUACAGAUCUAAAUGAGACAGUAUGCUGUUUUGAGUUCUAAAUUAAUAGUCAUUAAACUAUCAAAUAAGCUGAUUCUUUAGAAAACAAUAUAACUUCAUACAGAUUUUAAGUGCAUAGGAAUCAAAUAAACACCUAUCUAUAUAUAUAUUCUGAAUCUAAAAGGGGAAAGGAGAAGGGAGGCAGAGGCUGAACACUUAGAGACAGAGAAAUUUGACAUAACGUUAACAAAAUAUUUGUAACUUAAAACAUUAAAACAAUAUAGGGAAAUUUCAUAGGUUUUAAAGUUACAAAAUUAGGUAAAUUUAUUUCACACAAAGUUAAUGAAUGGUAAAUAUGUGCUAGACAUGAAGCUAUGCAUUAGAAAUAUAAAAAUAAAUAUGUACCUUGUUCCCAAGGGCUAAACUAAGACAGUGGCAGUGGGAUGGGAGAAGACAGGAAGAAUUUAAGUGAUAAUGAGUCAGAAUGUAAAUAACUUGGUAGCUGACUAAAUGUGGGUAGUUGAGUGAAAAAUAAGAGUCUGUGGUGGCUCGAGUUUCUUAUUUGGAGGGAGAGCAGUGCUAUGAUUACAGUAAAAGACAGAGACACAGAAAGCUGACCAAUUUUGUGAGGGCAAUGAUAAGUUCUGUUUUUUGGCAUUUUGAUGACUGCGAGACAUCCAAGUGAAGAAUCCUGAUAGAUGGCAGAAUACGUACGAAGUAGCGAUAACAGUACCCCUAGAUUAAUGUCACUGAAUGGGGUAAGUGGAGGAAGAGGAAUCAGCAGAAGGUGAAAGUAAACAAUGGCUGGGUGGGUGGGGGGAUCAGGAUAAAACAAAAGUUAAAGGAAGAGAAUUUUAAUAAUAAGAAUAGGAAUAGUUAAUAUUGUCAGUGCUACUGAGGGGUAAAUUAAGACAUAGGACUAUGUCCUUGGUUUGGAUUAUUGAUAACCUCUGUUAAUUUCAGUGGAUUGAAGAGUGAAUUAAAGGUAGAAAAGGACUUCAUAAUUUGAGAAAGGAGAGACUUGACAAAAGGUAUCUGGAGAGGAGGGUAUGUCAAUCAAAAGAUAUUUUGGCUACUAAUAACAGGAAGCACCAUUAACAAUGGCUUAACCAAACAGAUUUAUUUUUCUCACAUAACAAGUCUGCAGGUGUUAGCAUUGGUUCAGAGACAAAACAGUAUCUUGAAUUCCAUGGAUUUUCCAUCAUGGUCACAUGAUAGCUGCCAUAGCUUCAGGUAAAACAUCUGAUUUCAAGGCAAGAAGGAGCUUGGAUAGCACCAGCAUCAUCUAGGCCCUUUGUUGGAAAAACAUUUCCCAGUAGGCAAAGAAAGGAGUUUUAAGAAUGGUGUUGACCCCUACGUGGGAUCAGACACCCAGGGGAGUGAAUCUCCCUGGCAACGUGGAGUAUGACUCCCGGGGAGGAAUGUAGACCUGGCAUCGUGGGACGGAGAACAUCUUCUUGACCAAAAGGGGGAUGUGA